CGCUUGCGCUGCUCUGCUCUGUGUGUGUGUGUGUGUGUGUGUGUGUGUGUUAACGGUUACGACACCUCAGUGUAAACAGCCAUGGCUGCCCUGCGCAGGCUUAUUCCUUCAUUCACCAAACCAGGGACGUUUACGGCGUGGAAACAACAAACGUCUCCUCGUGCGACAAAAGCGCUGAAAGUUGUCGCAGCUGGAGCGUGUGUCACCGCCGCGGCCGGUGCUGCUUAUUAUUGCUGCUCGUUUGUCGGUAGCCGCUCCGGACUGAAGAGUCAUGUCGAGGCUCGACUCUUGCAUCUGGCGUUGCCGUCAGUUUCUGCCACAGAGAAGGCCAGGACCUAUGGUCUGGAUGAUGGGGAUGUAUACAUGUCGUCCUAUGAAAACAGAUUUCGCCUUUUCAGCUCAGUGGAGUACGAUGGCCAGCUCUACAUGACUCCUCUCAACUUCAUCGAAUCCGUCACUCUGAACGAACCAAAAAGUAGAAGAGCAUGGAAGUCACUAACAAAAAAGGAAUUAGACAAGAUGCUGGCUGAUACCCCACCUGUUUGGAAAGGAUCAUCCAAUUUGUUUAGGAAUCUUCGAGAACGAGGUGUCAUUAGUUACACAGAAUACCUCUUCCUGCUCUGCAUUUUAACAAAGCCCCAUGCAGGCUUCAGGAUUGCUUUCAACAUGUUUGAUGCAGAUGGGAAUGAAAUGGUGGACAAAAGGGAGUUCUUGGUGCUGGAAGAAAUUUUCCGCAAGAAAAAGGACAGAAAAGAAGUUAGUGAAGAUGUGCAAAGACUGGACCAGCAGAUCCUGCAGCUUUACGGUCAUCGCAAAUCUCAGCAGCACAGUGUUCUUAAAAAAGACAGUCAGCAUGUGAAGGCCCGGGGCAUGUGGGAUGUUCUCAGACGUGGCACAAGUCAAGUUGUGUUUUCUGAUCUCACUGAGCAUGUGGAUGAAAAAACAGAGACAACGCUGCUGGUGCAUUUCUUUGGGAAAAAAGGCAAAGCUGAAUUGAAAUUUGAAGAUUUUUACAAGUUCAUGGACAACCUGCAGACGGAGGUGCUUGAGAUUGAGUUCCUCUCCUACUCCAAAGGCAUGCCCACCAUCAGCGAGGAGGACUUCGCUCGGAUCCUCCUCCGUUACACCAACGUGGACGACGUCAGCGGAUACUUGGAGAAUGUGCGACACAGCAUGCCGGAUGAAAAGGGAAUCACCUUUGAUGAGUUCAGGUCCUUCUUCCUGUUCUUAAACAACCUGGAGGAUUUUACCAUCGCCAUGCAGAUGUACAACUUUGCCAACCGCUCCAUUGGUCAAGAGGAGUUUAACCGAGCUGUCUACGUGGCUACGGGCAUCAAGCUGACCCGCCACGUGGUCAACACCGUUUUCAAGAUCUUCGACGAGGAUCACGAUGAUAAACUCAGCCACAAGGAGUUCAUCGGCGUCAUGAAGGACCGGCUGCACCGUGGAGACGGGGGCGUCCGUGUAGAGGAGAAGUUCACCUCUUUCAAGUCCUGCAUGAAGAAGGAGCUUUCAGGCAAAUAGGUGAAGAUCCCUAACAUCAGUGCAUGUCUUACAAACUGAAUGAGCUUUGCCUCCUCUGUGCUCUCCACAGGGACAGAGGGGUCAAUGCAUGCUGCAGCAUCUUAUUGCACUAUGUUCAAAGUUUUAAAAUAAACAGGAUGUGGCACAAACAGGAUGUCAUUAACUUAAUGCGAAGUGGUCAAACAAACACAAGUGACCCAUCAUGAACCUACUGAGAAAAUCUACUUAACUCAGUGUUGCAGGACUCUAAAUUGCACUAAUUAGUUUGUCUAACCACUUUUGCCUGUUCAGAACUAUUUAUUGAUUCAUCUACUUGUAAAUGUAUUUACCAGAUAAGAUUGUUAGCACUAAUUUUAUUUAUUUAUUGGAGAUUGAACAUUGUCUUACUUCUGCUCUGCCAGUGCUUAUUGUUCAGUUUGAUUCUCCUCAUGGCCUGAGUUUAUUGUGUAUGGCGGCAGCAUUACCCACAUAGUUUGUCCUCUGUCAGCUCUGCAGCCCCCUGCACAGAUCAGCAGCGCCUCCCCUCCCCCUUGUCUUCCUCCUCCUCUUCCUCCUCUCCCUAAGCGCUGCAGCUAAAAUCCUCCAGGAUCCCCCAGAGCCAGCAGGCCUGAACACACACACUCAGGCUGUGUUUUUUUCACUGUUUAACUACAGGCAGCUACAGUGUUAAUCAUUUCUUGGCAAGUAAACACAAGUGCUAUUUUCAUGCCACUGGCAGGGAUGACCUCUUUAUAAAUAUGCAAAAUAUUGAAGCCAUAUGUUUGUUCCACUCUUGGGACACUCAGCUUAAAUUAGUGUUAGUUUUAAAUGAGCAAUAUAUUAAAAUGACCUCCCCUUUAGGCUCUGUAAGGAUAAGUUUACACUUUACCUUCUUUACAGAAACCCACUCUUGUACCAUUACAUUUAUGUGUUACUGAGGAAUUCUUGAUGACUGUUGUUUCCUGGUGCAAUGUUUGCUUUGGGUGGAGUUAUGUUCUGGAAAAGACUGAAGAUAUCAACAUAUUACAAACAAGAUAGUACAGGCUCUUAUAUUAACCUGACUGAUGUAUUUGUAUUUCUGACUACUUUCUGUUUAAAUGUUGAAUGUGUAGAUUAGUUAUUCUACUUCCUUAAGAGUUUUGGAAACUUCUUGCCAUAUGUUAUUCCUUUAAAUUGGGCUUUGACUGUUACACUGAUGUUACAACGCAGAAGCAUUUAGAAUGACAUGGUGCAAUAAAUGAAUAAUAUAA